AUGGGUAACAAACCAUAUUCUUUUGGUCAUCCAGGAGUUGAUGUUGUUGCAGCCAACUAUCUCCAACAAGAGAAUAUAAAUAUACCAAAUGAUUCUCAAGGAAACGCCUCUUUUGAUGUUUCGAAUAUAGAAAACUUGAAUCAAGAGCUUACUGAGAUAUUAGCCCAAAUUCGAGAAAGUGAAAAACAAGCUGAGAAACAUGAUGAGAUUUUGAAGAAAAAUGAUCUGAAAAAACUCUCUGAACUUUCAGAAUUGAAAGAUUCAUAUAAACAAUUUCAAAAUUCGAUGAAGUUACGUCUUAGUGAUCUUGAAAUAUCAAAAUAUUUGAUGCUUCUUGCUAAAGAUCCCGUGGUAGGAGUAAAGGCAAAACUUACAAGAAAGAAACCAAGAAAAAAUAAUUCUUUAUAG